ACACCAUCUGUUCAAUAGACCUUUCUUCAUUACCAUGUCUCAGUGGAAUAAUAACCAAACGCCUGCGGCGGACGAUUUCAUCAUUCCGGACGAAGCAACUCCUGUCAAUACUUCGGCCAAUGCCACCAGCACAAACAAGAAUACGUCUUCAAAUAAUACAAACAGUUCAUCAAAUAUCUUUUCCCAAUUCAAUUGGGGGCCUAAAGUAGACCUUUCUAGUACUUUCACUCCUUUCACCAACUCGUCAGCAUUCCAGGAAAAUAAUACAAUCCGUGAACGCCAGUACACUGGUGGUGAUACGUUGGAUGAACCAGUAUGGGCUACUUUGAAAAGAGAUCUACUUCAAAUUGUUCGUCGAUUAGCGAUUGUCAUUUGGCCAAUGCAAUUGGCUCAAUUGGCUCUGAAACAACAACAAAAAUUCAUUGAUUUUGCUAGUACAAAUGGUAUCAACUUACCAGAAUCAAUUAUCAAUAAUAGAAGAAUAUCCGUUUCUCACGAUGAUGAUGAUUAUGAUCAUUUAGAUACUGAAAAUAAUGGAGGAUUAGCCUCUGAUGAUAAUGUCAAACAAGGAAAUUUGGACUGGGACUUGUGGGGGCCCUUGAUAUUCUCGCUUUUUUAUACAGUAACGCUUGCAUUAUCAGCACCAAAUAAACAAACCAAUAAAGUAUUUUCGGGUGCUUUUGCCUUUAUUUGGUUAUUUUUCAUAGUUAUAGGUUUAAAUAUUCAAUUAUUAGGUGGUAACAUUUCAUUUAUGUCGGCAAUCAGUGCUUCGGGCUAUUCAAUGUUCCCGAUUGUCAUUGGUUCCUUGGUGAGUACCUUGUUUAUUUCAUGGAGAUUGAUAAGGUUAGCCAUAAUGUCUAUAUUAUGUGCUUGGAGUGUAUACGCCGGGGUCAUGAGCUUGAAAUGUUCUGGGGUUCUACCAGGUAGAGUCCUUUUAGCAAUCUAUCCUGUUGGUUUAAUGUAUGCCGUGUUGAGUUGGUUAGUAAUCAUUACAUAGAUACUUUUAAAUGAUAAAAUUAAUAAUGC